AUGUCUUUUAAACCAGCAAUUGCAAGCAUGUCCCUCGGACGCUGUUACGCAGGUCAUAGUCUCGAAACAAAAUUCAAAGCCGCUAGAGAUGCUGGUCUCUCCGGCAUUGAAAUGUUCUAUGAAGAUCUAGCCGACCUAGCCUCUACACUCCCAUCUCACCCAUCCCCAUCCUCUCACAUCCACGCCGCGCAAUAUAUUCGCUCCCUCUCCUCAUACUAUGCCCUCCCCAUCAUAGCCUGCGGACCCUUCUUCUGCGAAGAAGGACUUCUUUCCCCUUCAGCUUGGAAAUCUAAACUUCAAGACCUGCGUCUCUGGUUCCAAGUUUGUCGUAUCCUAGGUACAGACAUCAUCCAAAUCCCUUCUACAUUUUCCAGCGCAUCCACCACCAACCCACCCUCCCUUUCAAAAAUGAUCACCGAUCUCCGCGAAAUAGCCGAUCUAGGCGCAGCCCAAAAACCACCUUUCAGAUUCGCUUUUGAAAAUUUAUGUUUCGGGUCGUAUAUUGAUACGUGGAGCGGGGCGUGGGAAAUUGUAAAAGGCGUAGAUAGGGAGAACUUCGGCUUAUGUCUCGAUACAUUCAACAUCUGCGGACGGGAAUAUGCAGAUCCAGCUUCACCUAGUGGUACGGUAUCGAAUGCACACGUUACAUUUAGACAGAGUAUGGAGAAGAUGGUACGAACUAUUGAUCCGAAGAAAGUAUUCUAUAUCCAAAUUGUCGAUGCAGAACGUCUAGCGAGACCACUGAUUGAAGGACAUGAAUUUUAUUCCGAGGGAAUGAAAGCACGGAUGUCGUGGAGUAGGAAUUGUAGGUUAUUUUUGGGUGAACAGGAUAGAGGGGGAUAUUUGCCCGUGAUGGAUGUGGUGAGUGCUAUUUGUGAUGGGUUGGGAUAUAGGGGAUGGGUGAGUUUCGAAUUAUUUAAUCGGAGUUUGGUGGAGAGGGGCGAUUAUGUGCCGAUGGAACAUGCUGAGAGGGCGGUGAGGAGCUGGGGAUAUGUUUGUGGGGAGAUGGGGUGGGAGAAUGUGUGUGCUAAUGUCAAUGAGAAGAGGGCCGAGAAGGAGAGGAGAGGAGAGAUAGGGAGUGAGGUUAUGGCUCGAUUGUAA